AUGUUUGGUGGACUAGGAGUCGGAGGAGAAUUCACACUAUCGCAGGAUGAAAAUACCCAGUUCAGCCGUGAAUUCUCGCAGCUCCCCUCCGCUGGCGGAAAAGUUACCGCCGAGAUAGCCCGGACAUUCUUCAUGCGUUCCGGUUUGCCGAACCAGGUUCUUGGGCAGAUUUGGAUCCUGUCCGAUAAUGAUAAAGACGGCGCGUUGAAUCAGAAGGAAUUUUGCGUUGCCAUGAAGUUAGUACGAAUGGCACUUACCAAACAACAACUGCCAUCUUCUAUCCCCCCUCAUAUUUUUUCACCGUCCGGAAGUCAUCUUGGAAACCAGGGAAUGGGAAUCAACCCCAAUUUGACUGGUAAUGCUGGAAUGGGAAUGACACCAAGCUAUCCUCAAAUGAGGCCGAUUCUUACCGGGCCUGCCAGUACCUAUCACUCGCCAAUGACGCCCAUGAACCCAGGCGCUUUAGGAGCGCCAGUGAUGACACCACUUUCUGCUCCAAGUACUUCAACUCCCAGUUCUUAUGGAUUAAAUCUCGAUCUUAAUUUCGGCCAGUCGAAGCCAAUGACGGCAACCUCGAGCAUACCCGGCAACUCAGCACCUAUCAAUCCAAGUAAUCGUCCGCACGACUGGACCGUCACUCCAAUGCAGAAGAGUAAGCUCAACCAGAAAUUCAACACGCACGAUAUAUCAAAAAGUGGAUUCAUCGAAGGCACCAGAGCGAGAGGAAUCAUGAUGGACACUGGGCUACCGCAGCCGACUCUUGCGAAGAUUUGGCAACAAGCGGAUCAAGAUGGAGACGGAAAGCUGAGUAGACAAGAGUUUAUUGCGGCGAUGUGUCUCUGCGAGGCGGCUUUAAAGGGUGUUCCUAUCCCAGAAAAACUUCCCGAGGCAUUGGCUGGUAGCGGCGUUGCCGGUUCCGGUGCUGGAAAACCUCGAUCAUUCGAAGACGAACGCCGGGAAAACAUGGAACGUGGCCGGGCAGAGCUCGAACGAAGACGUCAAGCAAUUCUGGCUGAACAAGAAGCAGCCCGUCUCGAAGCCGAAAAACGCAGAAAAGAAAAGGAAGAAGAGGAAGAGCGGAAAAGACAAGAAGCGGAAAGAAAACGCCAAGAAGAGCUCGAAAGACAGCGCAAAAUUCAAGAGGAGGAGGAACGCAAACGCAGAGAAGAGCAAGAGCGUCAGUACAAGCUUGAGAUCGAGAAUAAACGACAGCAAAUGAUCACAGAGAAAAAAAGGAUAGAGGAGACGCUCUCGAGGUUAAGACAUCAACAUGAUCAGUUGCGCCAAGAAAAAGAGGCACAGCUUGAGACUGAAAGAGAUACGAGAAAGCGAAGGGAUGAAAUUCGCAUGCGACUUCAAGGCGCAAACGAUACUCUUUCAGCAAGUGGCAGCAAAACUACUCGAGAUAAGGCAGAAAUCGCAACGAUGGAAGCGCAUCUGACCGCUUCUCGUCAAGAAGUUGAGAGAAUACGCCUCAGAAAACUGCAAGUCUCUCAAGAACUUGAACAAAAACGCCGAGAAAAGGAUGUUUCUGAUAUCACAAAACAAUGCGAGACUGCUGAACAAUUACUAAAUGAGACCAAAGAAACAUCACGAAAACAUCGAAUCGAGGUCGAUACUGAAACAACGCUGAAAACUGAGUCAAUAGAAAAGAUCAAGAAAAUGAACGAAAUGCUCGGAAAGGACCCAUACGACGGGCUUCCCGACGAGUUGAAACCAAAAGUUGUUCAAUCGCCCUCUCAACAGGCUUUUCAAUCAAAUGGGUUCGGAGCGGAUCCGUUUGGCUCUUCACCUGCUUUCGGAAAUCAAGGCUUUGGAAGUCCCAAUCAAGGCUUCGGCAAUCAGGGAUUCGGAGGAAAUGCCUUUGGAAGUCCGACUCAAACAGACGGCUUUGGAAGUACAGCACCGCCUGUUAGUAAUAAUGAUAAUGGUUGGAGUGCUUGGCCACAACCACAGCAAAACCUAAAGAAAUAUAUGGCGAGCUUUGACUUUGACGCUCGCAGCCCAGACGAAUUAACCUUCCGUGAUGGAGACGUAAUCGAAGUCGAUCUAGCCAAGGAAUGCGAGCCCGAGUGGUUUUUCGGUCAUCUAAAUGGGCAGUCCGGUCUUUUCCCCCAGGCCUACGUUACUGAAAUGGAGGAGGAAAACCAGGCUAUGAACAGUUCGUUUACGCCAGUAGGCAACCAAUUUGGCGAGAUGAGUUUAGGCCAAGCUGCGCAAGUUAACGAAACAGUAAUCGAAACUGUCACUGCUGCUCAUCCUUUCAAAUCGGAUGAAGCAAAACACAUGAGCUUCGCCGCCGGAGAAUCAAUUGAAGUUCUAGAAAAGCAAGAAGAGUGGUGGCGAGGGCGCCUAUCUGACGGCUCAAACGGAUGGUUCCCUAAAAAUUACGUUGCAACUACUCCUGUGCAAAUUGCACCUAAAAAGAAGGCGCCUAGUCGACCUGCUCCGGCUGGUCCUCCAGCUUCUACCGCUGCUGCUCCAGUUGCCUCUCCAUCAAGCAAAGGUGUUGUUUUCAUCGCCGCGUACGACUUCCAGGGACAAGAGGAGAGCGAUCUGAGCUUCAGUGCUGGAGACAGAAUCCAAGUGAUCAGCCAAGAUGGAGAAUGGUGGACUGGAAUCAAUCAAUCGGGCAAAGAAGGAAUCUUCCCCAAAGCUUUCGUGGAAGACCCCGCUGCUCUUGCUGAGCAACCAAUUGUCGUUACCGCUCAAUUCGAUUACGAUGGCUCAUCCCCUGAAGAUUUGAGCUUUAAAGCUGGAGACCAGAUUACAGUUAUCGACCGCGACGAUCCGAACUGGUGGCACGGGCGACUUGAAAACGGCCAGUCGGGCACCUUCCCCUCAAACUUUGUUAGCGAGAAAAAUGAUAACUCGAACGCGCCCCAUGCACCUGCUCAUGUCGAUGAAGAAAUCGCCUUUUCAAAUGGGGGACAAGAAGCGCAUCAUUACCAGAACAUACAAAAUAUUGGACAAGACCCUUUCGGCGCUCCGCAAUUAGCGAUUGAAGAAACUCCCGCGUUCGACGAUCCUUUUGGAAAUGCUCCGAUGAAGAGCGCUUCUGGCGGAAACGAUGAUUGGGCAAACGGUUUGGAUCAAUUUGAAGCUGCCUUCGGAGGCAAUGAUGGAUACAGCGCCCCACCUGCUGCUUCGGAUGAUCCGUGGGGCAAUCAACAAAGUCAGACAGCGAUCCCGACACUUGACGAUCCCUGGGGUCAGACGCAAGAAACCUAUGACAAUCCUCCACCAUACCAAGCACAAGCAGAGCCUGAUACUCCUGGCUGGAAUACUCCAUUCGGCAACACAAAAAAUCAGGCAACCUCUUUCAAUCAUAUACAAGAGAAACUAACACGGCAUUUUAAGAAUAAUGGACCAUUUGCUCCCCCUGUGUCGUCGUCUGGUGGGCAGAAUUCAGCAUGGGACGAGCUCGUUAAUACUGAAAGGCAGUACUACGAGCAGCUUGAGUUUGUUUUUCAAACUUUUCAGCCCGCUCUCCAAGUCGCCGGGCUAACAACAACCCUUGGAAAUUGGGCUGAAUUAGUUGAAAACUCGCAGCUUUUGAUCAUGAUGCUCGAAUCUAGCUCUAAUCCUUCGACUUUUGCCGAAAGUCUAAGCGAUAAUUUCAUCUCAGCGUAUACAACCUACUGUGCCACUCAAAAAAGCUCAAGUGCUACUCUUCGCCAAAGAAGAGACGCUGACAGUAGUUUUGAUUUCAAAUUAACAAAGCUCGAAGAAGACUCAAAGAAUAAAGGAAUGAAUCUACAAGCCCACCUGCUCAACCCUCUUCAACGAAUAACAAAAUAUCCGGUACUUCUCGAAAACGCGAAGAAAAUCAACCCCAACCUAGAAGGCAUCGAUAUAGCCAUUGAAAAAGCGAACAAGCUCGUUGCUGCAGUUAAUGCGAAUGUAGCCAUUAUUGAAGAUGCUACGCAAACUGACUGGCUAGUUACGCAUGUUUCGCAUAAAGGAGACUUUCCAUCAAGACUGGCUUCAGUUUUAUAUUCGGGCGUCUUGCGGAAGAAGAAAAAAUCUACUCGUGUAUUCAUGGCUUUCUUGUGCAAGGAUGAGUUUGCCAGGCUCAUUCUAAUUCUCACCACUUCGAAAACGCCCCUAUUAGACCCGAAAGGGAUCUUUCAAUCUGACACGAGACUCGAGCUGUACCGCAAGCCUCUGACAGUUCAAACAGUAACUGACGUGCCAGGGGAUAUCUUCUCAUUCGAAAUUCAUGGACGCGAGGGCCGAGUCAUUCUCAAAUCCGAUACGCCCGAAGAACGAAACUCAUGGAUAAUGGUUGUUUUGGACGAGAAAGCACGCGUAGAGCUGCAGAGAUAUAUUCGGCUAUUCUGUUCUAGAUCGUUGCAAGUUAUUAUACAGUCAAGAAGGCAAGAUUCGCCAGAAGGAGUGUUUCGAAAAAGCAACCCCGAUCCACCGGCUCAAGAUUGGUUCAAUUUGAAUAUCAACACCCAUACUGUCUUGGCUAAAGAUGUUCACAAGGAAUGUAAAUUUCAUUUAUCAAGUGGGCUUCCUUACGAAGAGCCACUGUGCUGCCAACUCAGUAUCAUCCAAGGCGAUAUUGCUCAAGUUGUCGAAGUUUGGGAACUCAGAGUUGAAACGCAAAAAUCAAUCGAGAGCAAAUAUUCUGAAGUUUACGAGCGACAGUGUCUUCUCCUCAAAUCACUAAUUUCAUUGACCAGGGUGCUCCCCGCUUACUCUGCUUGCCGAGAUUGGAGCGAGAACAAGUUUGACAUCAAGUACGAGAUCUUCAAGAAAGAUCCGGAUAUGCAUCUCCUCGGCGAGUCCCGUGGAAGCCUACUCGUCGGUCACGUGGCUACUCCUCUUGGCGAACUUUCAGUUACAUGUACCUAUCGGCGAAUGCUUGGAUUUGGUCGUCCGAGUAACACAGUUCAACCGACGAUGGCUUCGAGGCCUGUUUCAGUUGCCAGGCCAAUUGGAAAAACCCCAACUAGAUAUGUCCAAGAAGGAAUUAUCAACAGAAGGCAUCGUCCAGAAUCUGUGUCAUCUAUGGCGGCAUCAGAAUACGGCUCUUCUGCUCCACCACCAGGCGGCUACUACUCUUCUUCACCCGGCUCUUAUUCAAACAGCAACACUUCUUUCACACGUCGCGAAGUUUCAUCCCCUCGUUUUCCUAUCACUGAAUCUACUUCCCGAAUAAGCAGAACGCAGUCCAACUCAUCCCUAUCUUCAUGUCCACAGUCUCCUCCUGGAAUUUGGGAUGGCGAUGCUAGCUCGCCGGCGAGACGGAUAAAAGUAGCACCUGUUCCAAAACAUCCUGAUCCUAUUGACAUGCAGAUUCCUAUUCGUGGGGCCUUCGUAAGCGCAGAACCAGAGAGCGUUCCAGAUAGUGCACCAAACUAUUUCGACCCUCGUCACCGCUCAACAUCCCCACUGUACUCUUCAAAGUCUCAAAGGAUGUCGAUAGGAUUUUGUUCACCUUGCGCAAGUAAUCCAAGUCUCGGCCAAAUUAAUAUGGAUAUUGACGAUGGUCCCUCGCUUGAUAUUGAGCUGUCCAAUGAUGAAGAUGUUUUUGUCCCAGCGGCUGGUGCAUUCGUCAGUAAAGAGUUGCGAAGAUCAGAGACGGCGUCGAUUCUUUACGAGAGUCUUCGAAAGCCGAAAGAGCUGAGCCACUUGGAAAAUAGAGAAGAAGAUAUUGAUGGAAUUCAAGAGAUUUGCGAAGCCAUCGAGGAUUACGAUGAGAACGAAUUCGACGACUAUAUUGCUGGCCUUGGCUGA